CAAAAUAAGGAAAUUUUAUUAACCAAAAAAAAACACACACACACACACAGAGAGGAAAUUUGGUAGUGUUUUGAAGUCUUCUUUUGGUGGUUGGAAUAAAAGGGUUGCCUGUACAGGUACCACGUAAGAAAAGGCAAUCAUAGUUAUUCUACAACGUUAUUGGAUGUGAAUCAUAUGAUUCUUCUUUUUAUCCACCUUCUUUAAUGAUUAGUUCAUUAACAAAAAGGUCUUCACUUUUUUAGUUUCCCCUAAUCAUGAUUUCAGAUUCCUCAAUUGCUCAUUAUCAUCUGUCAUCACCAUUUUUAAAAUCGUUUUAAUCUAUAUAUCAUCUCAGGGUUUGUUUAUUAGAUUCACCAAAGCCACCCAGCAAUCUGCAACUAAUACAGGGUCCUACCAAUUUGUCCUCUUCAAUAUUUUUUUUUAAAAUUUUUUUUCACCCCCUUCAUUUAUUAUUAGUUCUUUGUCCCCUUCCCUUCCGGUUCUUGCAUCGCCUUCUCGUUCUCAUCUUACAAUGCAACAUCCUGAAAAUGGCUCAGAAAAUUUAAUGGGUUGCCUCUUGUUGUUAAAGAUGUGACAUAAUCUUUCACGAAAAUUUGAUCUUUUAUGGUUUUUUUUCGUUUCUGGGCUUAAUCAAGAUCUGAUUUUUAUGGCUCUGAAACAGCAGAGGUCAAUGGAUUUAACAGCUGUAAGAUGCCUCGUUAAUAGUGUUUCUCGGUUCAUUCAUUUAGUAAAAUGUUCCCCUACAAAGGAUAUGCCGACUCAGAAGGAUUACACAUAUUUAAGCUGUCUGUUAAAGCAAUUGAAGCCAUUACUUGAUGAUAUCGUGGAUGGCAAAGUACCUUCAGAUGAAAUACUUUACAAAGAUUGCGAAGAACUCGAUAUAGCAGUGAAUGAGGCUAGAGAAUUUUUUGAGAAAUGGUCUCCAAAGAUGAGCAAGAUUCUUUGUGUUAGUACCUCCUAUUCUCUUUGACAUCUAUCUUUUUCCAUGUUGCAUUUUAGGAGAUUGAUCUUUGGAAAAUGUUGUUACUCAUGCAAAGUAAGUGCAAACCAAUUAUGCCUCUUUUAUAUUACAUCAAGAAUGUCUCUAACCUUGAUCAGUAUGAAAUUUGAACCAAUAUUGAAAUUUCCUCCUAAGGUUCGUAAAUAAAGUACACAGGUGGUUGUGAUCUGAACAAAAAGUGGCAAAGAGUUGUGAUAUCUGGUAGCAGUUCAAUUCUCUUUGUCUUGUUUUUUUGGCAUUAUAGGCCUAAAUAAUUAGUCAUGAAAGAUCUUUGUAUAACUUUCCAUCCAUGUUUUGUGUCAGUGAUUUGGCACUUGAUGAAGUUUGAAAUGCUGAUGCAGGACUUUUAAAUAUUUCUGAUGGCCUGGUUUAUUUGAGCACAUACAAUUAAAAGAAAAAAGAAAAAAAAUUGUUUUUCUGAUAGUCUAUUUUAGAAGGAAGAAGCAUCAGAAGAAAUCAGUAAUCGAAGAAAGAAAGAUAAAUUGUGGCUCUCUUGUCUAUAAUUAUUUAUCAAUUUCGCUCCCUUCAGGUUGUUGAAAGUGAGCUGUUGCUGAAGGAAGUCCAAAACUCCUUGCAUAAGAUCUCUCAAAUCCUCUUUAGAUCUUUGGAGCCCACAUCUUCCUUGAGUCUAUCUGACAUCCAGGAAUUUCAGCAUUUGAAGCUGGAAAAUUUAUCAAAUUAUAUAGAAGAAGCAAUCGUAAGACAAAGAGAAGGAAAGGCCCCUUCUUCUGAGCAGCUUAUUCCAAUUAUAGAGUCGCUGAAUUUUACCUCAAAAGACGUCCUGCUAAAUGAGAGUAUUUCCCUGGAGAAGGAGAGAGUGAAAGCUGAAGAUAAUAAAUUGAAAGGGAAAAUAGAGCAAGUCAACCUCAUCAUUCUUUUGUUGUCACAUAUACGAGAUAGAAUGGUUAAGCUGGAGAAUUUUAAGUCCGUAAAUGGCGUUAAGAUCCCUCCAUACUUCCUAUGUCCACUAUCUUUGGAUUUAAUGGUGGAUCCGGUGAUUGUGGCUUCGGGGCAAACCUAUGAGAAGUCAUCCAUUCAGAAAUGGCUAGAUCAAGGAUUAAGUAUAUGCCCUAAAACCUGUCAAAAACUCUCACACCGUAAUCUCAUCCCCAACCAUACAGUCAAAGCUCUGAUAGCAAAUUGGUGUCAAGAGAACAAUAUAAAGCUCCCUAAUUCUUCUGAGUGCUCUGAGGUUUCAUCUUCAGACAAUGGCCAUUGUCAUUCACAAAAUAGGAAUUCAUCACUAGGGUCUUCCACAGGAGUUGCAAAUGAUCCUGAAAAGAAAAUCUAUUGCUCUUUGGGACUCCCUCGUGAAGAAGUAAAUGUGAAUCAUCCCAUGGAGGCUGAAAAGUCUGGCAAUUCACCGACACACUCGUAUGUCCACAGCAGGAGUGAAUCAACAUCAAGUGCUGUCUCUAGCAUUGACUACUUACCUUCAGUAUCUCCUGAUGUAUCAAGACUCUCCAGUAAUAAUGAUAAUGGCAGUGGCAUGUCCGCGGAGAUGGUGAUUCGUUGUUCCCCUGUUAUUUCUACUGAGAAUAAUGGAUGUCUUCCUCUGACCGGAAGACUGCAUCACAAUUCAAAAACAAUAUCUGAAAUGGCAGUCAAUGGAAAUCAUAGUCCACCUGGAUCAGUUUCACUUUCUUCUCAGUCUCAGUUUGAUGAUUUAACCACAACUUCUUAUGUUGAAAAGCUACUUAGUGAUUUGAAGACUGCAACGGCUGAGUUGCAAAGUGCGGCUGCAGCAGAAUUGCGAUUUUUGGCAAAGCAUAAUAAUGACAAUCGUGUUAUUAUUGGAAACUGUGGGGCUAUUGAACCUUUGAUAUCAUUAUUGCUCUCGGAUGUGAAACCAAUUCAAGAACAUGCUGUGACUGCACUUCUGAACUUAUCAAUUAAUGAAAACCUGAAAGCCAAGAUUGCGGAAGGCGGAGCUCUUGAACCAUUAAUACAUGUUCUGAGAACAGGGAAUAACGUUGCGAAAGAAAAUGCUGCAGCGUGCCUUUUCAGUCUCUCCGUUUUGGAAGAUUACCGUGCAAAGAUUGGCCGUUCAGCUGCAGUUAAAGGGUUAGUUGAUCUUCUGGGAACUGGUACUAUGAGAGGAAAGAAAGAUGCCGCAACUGCUUUGUUUAACCUAUCAAUAUUUCAUGAAAAUAAGGCUCGUAUAGUCCAGGCUGGAGCUGUUAAAUAUCUGGUUGAGUUGUUGGACCCUGAAAGAGAGAUGGUUGAUAAAGCUGUUGCUCUACUUGCAAAUUUGUCAACCAUUCCUGAGGGGUGCUCAGCAAUUGCUCGGGAAGGAGGCAUACCAAUGUUGGUUGAGCUUGUUGAGAUAGGAUCGCAGCGGGGAAAGGAGAAUUCUGCCUCAAUUUUACUGCAAUUGUGCAUAAACAGUCCCAAAUACUGCCGCCUUGUUUUGCAGGAGGGAGCAGUCCCACCUCUUGUAGCCUUAUCUCAGUCUGGCACUCCUAGAGCAAAAGAGAAGGCCCAGCAACUUCUCAGUCAUUUCCGCAGCCAGCGAGAAGGUGCAAUUGGUAGGGGGAAACCAUGAGGGGGAAUUCCUUAUGGAUCUGUUGUGUUUUCUGCUGUAGUAUCUCUGUAAGUAAUCGUGGAGGAGAGUUUUGUUCGCCCUUAUUCUCUUAAUACCACUUGAUCGGUUUAGUUAGUUCCUUGGGUCAUGUGGUCGUCCAUAGAUUGUAGCUUUAGAGCAAGUGCUGCUACUGGGGAUUUCUUAUUGUAGUUCCUUUGGUAUGUAGAAGACCAUUUCAGUAUGUAUAUGUUCUUCACUUGUCAUAGUUGUUAGUUUUGAUGAGGUCGUGAUGGUAAAUGAGAGUUCUCAACAUUUCUGCUUUUAGCAUUAAUGGCUGUAUCAGCAUCAAAUUGCUUAUUUGCUCGAUUAGUGGGAGAUAUAGGUUUCAGGACAACUUCCAGUUGUUGGCCUGUUGAGAUGUUUUCACCUGAAAGUAUUAACAUUUAUGAUGCUCCUGUUUCCGAUUGAAUCAGUAUUGCAGUUUUGCCCCAGAAUGUGACUAAAAGUAUCAAGUUUUGUUCUCUUUACUUACUGCAUGAGUUCAUUCAUUUGAACCCACUAACGAGGAG